AUGUCUGAAGGUAAGAAUGAUGUAACAGUUUUUCCCUUUUUCCUUCUCAAAGGACCUCCUGAGUGGUACAAGUCCUACCCCAUUGCCCAAGGAAAUCAUCAGUCUCCAAUUGAUAUAAUCCCCACACAAGCCAUUUAUGACCCCUGCCUGAAGCCCCUUAGCAUUUCGUAUGAAUCGUGCUCAUCUAUCGACAUCUCCAACAAUGGGCAUUCAGUCAUGGUAGACUUUAAGGAUGUUGAUGACAAAACGGGUAAGUGGUGCAUGUUAUGUUCAGUGAGGGGGAGGCGUCAACUAAGUUCACAUUUAAAGCUGAAUCUGUCAAAUAGGCACUUUCCGAGAUAAUAUGAGAACUGAAAUACAGCCAUUGUUCAAAAUUCAUACUUCUUAAAAAAUGCAUGUGUUUGGGGGAAAGUGUGCACAAAAUGAAUACUGUAAAUUAGUGAAAACUGUACACAAAAAUGUGCUUCCUAGAAGAGAUUUGCAUGAAAAGGAGAGGAAGGAACGAUGUUUACUUUCCUCUAAGCCCCCUUGGUAGAGAAAUGAUAUUAACAUGUAACAAACAAUUCCCUCUAUUUUCAAAGUGCAGAGGUGAGUGUGGAUCAUUCAGGGGCCAAAAUGGCACCAUCCAUGCAAAAGGAGGGAGGUAUCAGCGAGCUUGGAGGAACUAUAAAGUUUGCAGAAGUACCAAACAUUAUUUAGAAAAAGAAAGCCUGAAUGGGAAGGUAAGAGCAAAAACAGUCCAAUGAGGACACCAUACACUUAAAGCCUAUUGCUUCCCCCAGAGAAUCCCGGGAACAGUGGCUUACCCCUCGCAGAGCUACAAUUCCCAACAACCUUCACAAAGCACAGUUCCCAAGAUUCUUUGAGGAAGCCAUGUAUGGUAUAGGUGUGACCACAUGUUCAGUGGCUGCAGAACACAGGCUGGCUAUUAGAGAACAAAAUGGAAAACCAAUUGGGAUGGAGAAUGGAACGGAAUACCCACACUGCAGCAUUCUACUGCAGGCUCCACCUGAAAUGAUUUCCUUGAUUGGUGAUUUUCUUUGGGAAAACAGCACAAGGAGAAAGAGUUAAAGAGUUAAUCCUUCCCUUCUCUUCCACCAUCACACCCACAAUCAACUCUCUCUAUUCUUGGGGCAACACUGGAAUUAGGGAAAAAAGCCAGAUCAAUCAGAUACGUGGGACAGAGGAGAACUGCUGGGGAAACUUUGCUGGCCCAUUGAAUUUGUGUCUGUGGGGAGCAGAAGUGCCCCACACUUCUUUAGUCUGUGCCUACACACUGGUAUGGUGCCAGGUUUUUUCCAGCCAGGAAAGAUGCCUUAAAAGCUAUAGUUACAGAGCAGCUGAGUUUCCAGUGACAGGUGAGGAACGUCCAUGGUGCCAUUUAUCAAGUACAGUAUUAAGUUGCAGCCUUUGGAAUACGUAAGACUUAACUUGUGAAGAACAGUAGUAGAUGCCAUUCAGCGAAUCCUUCAUUUACAGUGGUAUUUAGUGACAAUGAAUGGGGCUGUAAUGAAUCCAUUCUCACUUAAGCUUAAGUAGGGUGCUUCUGUGCUGCAAUAAUGCAUGAGGUCAAAUCCAUGUCUGAGUAUAUGCUUGUGCAUUAUAUGACAGGGGUGGGCAACCUGUGGCCCUCUUGAUGUUGAGCUCCUCUGUCUGCGCCAGCCAUCAUGGUCAGUGGUCAGGGACAUGGGCGUAGCUGGGGGGGCAGGGAGGGGCAGCUGCUUCUCCUAAAUCAAUAAAAAUACAUAGCAAACUGAAGUUCUGCCCCCCUAAAAAAAGGUCUGCCACCCCCCAACAAAAAUCCUGACUACACCCAUGGUCAGGGAUGAUGGGAGUUGUAGUCCAACAACAUCUUGAAGACCUGAGGUUGGGGAAGUCUGGUCUGCGAUAUCACAAGUUCUUCUAGUGCACACUUUCAGUUUGCACUGGGUUGUCAUCACUCAGGCUUGGCUCCAGGUGUGCCCUCUUGGCAGGGUGGGAGUGUCCCCAACACAAAGGCGUAGCUGGGGGGGCGCAAUGGGUGCCACACCGCAGGGGGCGGCACUUACCGCUGUGCCUGCAGUGCGCCCUCGGCCCGAACAUCUUGUAGGAAGCACUGCAGUCUAGUAGCAGAGCACAAGCUUGACAUGCAAAGGGUCCCAAAUUCAAUCCCUAACAGGGAAAGACUCCUGCCUGAAAUCCAGAAGAGUAUAGACCAGGCAUGUAAAAGAAGCUCAACAACCUCAAUCCUUAAAAAAGGUCAACAACUUUGGUCAACCCUCAUGCAUGUUCAUUUCAUCAAAUCUAGCCCUCUUUGAAAAAAGUUUGGGCACCCCUGGUAUAGACAGUAAUGAGCUAGUGGUUGAUAUUUAGGAAUCUCUCUCUAGUUUUUGGUGUUGAAUUUCUUUGUGGAUUUAUUUAAUUCAUUAUUUAGUUCCACCAGUAGAUGGCACUGUACUUAGGUAUAUGUGGAUGGAGUAUGGCAUUUUUUUUUACUGGUCUGUUCUUGUUGAAGAGAGACUGUUUCUCCUCUCUCUUUUUUGUAAGCAGCUUAUAAGAACCUUGCGAUGUCAAGAAUAUGGUACCUGGGUUUGCUUGCUUUCCUCCUCCCUCCCUGUACAUUUUCCUUUUCCUUUUCGUGCUGUGUCUUUUUAGACUGUAAGCCUGAGGAGCAGGGACUGUGCUUAUAAAUCUGUAAUCAAUUCUGGGAGCCCUUCUGGCAAUGUGAAUACCGGUACCAUCUGUAAAUAACGCAGAUACAGUAUUGCAAAGACGUCUUCAGUGCUCACUUAUCGAAAGGGAACCAAGCCUUGUUUUGUUGCACCUGGGACUUUCCCCUGUUAGAGCUAUUGAGGUGGGUGGAGGGAUGUAUAAUAUGGUCAGUUUCAUGGAAGCCAGUUGCCAGUUUUCUGUCUUCUUGGUUGCAGCGGUCAGUGGAGGGCCACUGGAAGAUCCUUACAGGCUGAAACAAUUCCAUUUUCAUUGGGGGGCAAGCCAAGACUCCGGAUCAGAGCACACCAUCGAUGGCAACCCUUUUCCUUGCGAGGCGAGUCAUAAAUCUUGGAUGUCUUUUAAACCCCCUUUUUAAAUAUACAAACUUGCGCUGGGGUUGCAUAGAAAAUCAUAGGAUGUCAGAUUUCUGUGGUCUCCAGAAAUCACACCCGCGAUGGAGAAGCAGGGCCAGCAUCAGUGCUGAUUUCGGGUGAGAUCUCUCCCAAAAUUGGCACAAUUUCACUUGAAAUCAACACUGAUGGAGCUGCCACUUCUCCAUCAGCAACUGAUUUGGCGGAGCAUGUGGUGCAGGCAGCGGUGGCAGGUAUGACGGGCCUGGUGGCAGCGGGAGUGAUGUCAGGGCAGCACUCUCUGUUUUGCCUCAAGUGACGGAACGGGGUGUGCUGCCCCUGAAUACUGAUGUUUGACUUGUCUCCCCAGCUCCAUUUAGUUCACUGGAAUGCUAAGAAAUAUGUGACCUUUGAAGAGGCAGCAGCGGCUCCAGAUGGCUUAGCAGUGAUUGGUGUUUUCUUAGAGGUAAGAGCCACAAAACUUGUUGCACUUAGAAAUAUAGAAGUGUAAGGUUGGAAGAGGAUGCCAAGAUCAUCUUGUUCACCCACCUGCAGUGCAGGAAUCACAGCUGAAGAAUCCCUGAUUGAUGACCACCCAACAUCUCUUUAAAAACCUCCCAUGAAGGUUUUUAUUUCCUUUAGUGGUUUUUAAAAACUUUUUAUUAUGUGUGUGGCACCACCAACGUGCAUGACACUGUAUAAGAAGACCAGUCUUUGCCAUGAGGAGCUUAGUCUAAAAUUCAGCACAAGGGAGAGUAUAGAGCAGCGGUGGCAAACCUAUGGCAUGUGUGCCAAAGUGGGAACACGGAGCCCUCACUGCUGGCACACGCGCCAUUGGCCCUGUUGUUUUUUCCAUUUGUGCUCGCACUCCUUCCCAAACUACUGUGUGCAUCCACUGCUUAAACCAGCAAUUGUAUUCCGCGAUUGAUCUGUUUUUUAAUUGGCUACCGCAGUGGCUGUUUCUGAUUGGGUGUAACAGCGUUCAUUAUUUGACCUUCGUGAUUUUUUCCCUGCACUUUUUUAGUGCUGCAUGGUAGUUCCCAGCUAGUCGGGGAGUGCGCCUGGCGGGAGGGGGGAAGAGGGAGGGAGAAGGUAAAAAUGGUGGCGGUUUUUCUGUUCUGUCUCUCCCAAAAAAGCUCAACAACUUUGGGCACUUUGCGAUAAAUAAGUGGGUUUUGGUUUGCAGUUUGGGCCGUCGGUCUCUAAAAGGUUCGCCACCACUGGUAUAGAGGGAGAGUAAAAAGAGAAUGAGAUGCAUUCAGCUAAAUUGCACACAGUUAGAGGCUCUGGCUGCGUAAAUACUGUACCAUACUUUUAAUGCACGUUUAAAGUGCAUGGCUCCCCUGAAAGAAGCCUGGGAAUUAUCAUUUGCUAAGGAAGCUGACGGUUGUAGGUCUGUAGGAGUAAACUACAGUUCCCAGGAUUAUUUCAGGGAACUCAUGUGGUUCAAAUGUAUGGUGUGUAUACAGCCUAAGUUUCAGCAAUGGAUGAGGUUUAAGGCAGGGAUGUAAUGUGGCCCUUGGCUUAAUUUCUACACAGUAGCUACAGUAUCUGUUCAGAGCUCUGGCAAGUGUGACCUGUCCUUCCCCCAGCCGCCUAGGAAGAGAGGAAGGAAGGAAGUGGCCCCACCCACUGCUGGCAGGCAACCCCAGAGAAGAUGCAGUCCCCAAAAGAAAAAAAGGUGGUCCAUCCAUGAUCUAAGUCUAGAGGUUGUACCACAGAAAAAAUGGCUUUGAGGAAGGAUUUGAGGAAAGGAAGAGAGGGGGCAGGUGUUUUGGAAGGCAGGAAGGACAGAAAAGGAGAAAGAGUAGAGUUGUCCAAGACACUGGGGAACCUCAAAAGACUCUUCCCUUUUUCUGGUAGCAUUUUCCAGGCACUUGUUUCAAUGGCAGCUCCUGGUUUGUUGAAACUCUUCCUUUUUUUUGCAAAAUCCACAUUCUUAGGCAUCUCUCUCAUUUUAAACUCUUAGAUUGGAGAAGAACAUGCCAGUAUGAACAGAUUGACAGAUGCCUUGUACAUGGUCAAGUUUAAGGUAAGUUUAAAAUACAAAUGCAAAGUUUGUUUUGUGUCAUGGAAGACUGUUCAGAAACUCCAAUUGGUCUAGAAUGUGGCAGCCAUGAUGCCAGUGGGAUUGGGUUGGUGGGGCACACAGGAGAGAUCCUUCUCAGUGGCUGCUCCCAGACUUUGGAACUCCCUUCCUAAGGAGGCCAGAUUGGCUCCCUCCUCAUCGUCCUUCUGCCAGCAGGUGAAGUCUUAUUCUAACAGGCUUUGGCGAACUGACUGUUUUUAAGGAAAGGCCUUUUAAUAGCGCUGUACUGUUUUUACUAUCUGUAUUUUAAUCGACUUGUUUUAAUUCUAUUAUUGUUUAAUUGCUUUUAGACUAUUACAGUAUAUUUUGUAUUUAGCAUUUUGUAUUUUAUCUAUGUGGUUACAAUUUGUGUACGCCACCUUGAGUCCCAGUCUGUGGAAAAGGCAGAAUAUCAUUAUCAUCAUCCCAUUACACCUACCCUAUACCCGUUGCAGUGGUAACCAAAUCAUUUCUGUGCUCAGGGUACUUCAGACUGUCACUGUUUUUGGGUGGGAUUCAACCAUACACCAACAAAUUCAGCUUGUGCAACAAAUCUGCUUCCUCCCCAAAAUAAAUCUUGAUCAACACUGAUGUAAUUAAAUGACCUCUGAAAUUAAUAUGAUGCAAUGCUUCCCAUAAAUAUCUCCCCACCUGGAAUUUUGCGAAGUCCUAGUCUUACAUGUUAACCACUACACCAUGAUGACACGUCAUGUAUUUUUUUCAGUUCCCUUCUCCUUUUUAGCUAAAUCCAAUAUUUGAUCAGCUAUUGGACAAGAGCAAUAGCUUUGCUUUGCUUUUGCAGCUUCCAGAAGGUUUUGUAAAAACAAUUUAGUUUGUACCUUUAAUUUCUACUUUUAAUUUUCUAAACCAUGCUUUUCUCAGGGAACCAAAGCCCAGUUCAAGUCUUUUGACCCAAGCAGCCUCCUGCCCUCUUGUCUCGAUUACUGGACAUAUCCUGGAUCCUUGACAACACCUCCUCUUAAUGAGAGUGUGACCUGGAUAGUGCUAAAGGAGACCAUCAGAAUAUCUGAUAAACAGGUAAAUCUUGGGUGGCAGAGGGUGAGGGGCUGUCCUUUUUUUGCACAAAAGUGCCCAUGCUGUCUGCUCUUAAAAUCCUGGACACCACACACACAAAAAUGCUAUUUUAUUUACGAACAUAUAGGGAGGGAAAACCCAAGAAGGGAGAGAAGCAGCCUUGAAGUUUCCCAUCAGUCGUUAGCACCUGGACAGCAGACUGUCCUGUCACCUGGUCACAGUCUCCCUCUGCAGUGAGAUAGAUUGCAUUUCUGUGUUAAUUUAUUUAUUUCUAUAGUUGCAGCUAUCAAUUAGGAUAUGCAAAUACUAUGCAAAUCUGUGUCCUCUUUGGUCCACUUUUUGGGCAACAUGUAAAUUGCCAUCCUAAAUCCAUUUGCGUUUUCCUUUCUUCAUGAGCUCUGGCGCGACUUAAACAAGUAAUAUCAAGUCCCCUGAAUUUACAGAUGGAGAAAUUCCGUACCCUCCUCUUCACCACAGAAGAAGAUGAAAGAAUCCAGAUGGUGAAUAACUUCCGUCCCGCUCAGCCUCUUAAGGGAAGAGUGGUUCGUGCUUCAUUCAAGGCUUAAGGAGGUGUGCAUGCAUGUAGGAGAAAUAACAACUGAACAUCAACACAUCCAAAGGGCUUCAAUAUCGGCAAACAGAAGAAAAUGGAUAAUAGACCUGCAGCUUAGAAAACCAUCUCAGUGGAACCCUUGAACAUCCAAAGUAUUGGAUCUUAGCAUGGAUUAAAUGAAAAUAUACGGUAAUGUACCGUGCCUGUGCUAAUCUGGGCUCCCUUCCUAAGUACUGAAAAUUACUUUCUGUUAUUAUUUUUCAAAAUAAUACCUGGGACAGUCCUUAUUUUGCAGUUAGGUCUCUUGGAGCAAACUCAUCAAUCUGUCAUUAUCUUCCAAUGAGAAAAAUGGUGGGGGUGUUGUGUAAGGUGUGCUGGGAACCUUUCUCCCCGAAGGGUGGGAUAUCAACCCUUAAAUAAAUACAGUGGUACCUCGGGUUAAGUACUUAAUUCGUUCUGGAGGUCUGUUCUUAACCUGAAACUGUUCUUAACCUGAAGCACCACUUUAGCUAAUGGGGCCUUCUGCUGCCGCCGCCGCACCGCUGGAGCCCAAUUUCUGUUCUUAUCCUGAAGCAAAGUUCUUAACCUGAAGCACUAUUUCUGGGUUAGCAGAGUCUGUAACCUGAAGUGUAUGUAACCCGAGGUACAACUGUAAUUAGGCUUUGGAAGACAGGGGGUGGGCAUGGUCCUUAUUGUAAGAAUCAUCUUAUUGCAUCUGUUUGAUGGACACAACUACAAAAUAAGUUUCUAGCCUUCAAAGUAGCAGAGAACAGUGUAUUGAGGGCACAGCUGAGGGCUCAGAAAGCAAAAGGUGCCUUUGGCACUCACAGCAUGGGGUUCUGCUCCCUAUAAAGCUACUUAAAGCAGUCCACUUAAACUUUUGCAAACACUAGAUUCUGGGAGAAGCCAACGAAUUGCAACUGGAAGAAACUGUUCAGAUAAAGCAUAUAAAUCUGGCUGUUCUGAUAUGAUGAGUUCCUCGCUGAAUUUAGGUGACUAGGUGUUUCAGAUCAUUGUAAUUCUACUGAACAUUCUGUUUUAUUCAUAGUGUAAGUAAAGGGCCUGGCUGGAACAAAAUGUUGCAUUGCGGAACUCUCCUGUUCACUGCACCUGUCAGCCAGCCAGCCAGCCAGCCAGCCAGCCAGCCAUGCCCUCCUCCACAACGCUCCAUUCCACUUCCCCUCCCACCCAGUUUUCUGGUCCAUUCCACUUCCAACAGUUAGUCAGCAUUCUGUGCCCACUCAGCAUGCUCAGUCCUCAUUGGGAUUUCUUUGUGUUUUCCUCCACCCAACAAGCAGCAACACCUAUGGCUAAGGAUGGAGGAGAAAUUUAAUUCAGUGUACAUUUAAAGCUGAAUCUAUAAAAUUUGCACUUUCCCAAACAAUAUGCAUACUGAAGCACAGCUAACCUUUGAAAUUCACACUUUUCCAGAUGUUGUGACGCAGUUCUCCAACCAAUAAAAAUGCAUUUAUUAGAGGAACGUGUGAAUGAAUAUGAUGGUAUCAGUGAAAAUAACAUACAAAAAUGUAUUUUAUUAGGGAAAUUGCUUGACAAAAUGUAUAUGCCGGUCAAAACUGUAUAUAAAAGUGUGUGUUUUUAGGAGACAUUCACACUAAGAUGCUGAUGAAUUUUAAUGAGGAUUCUUUUUAAAAUGGCAAAUUACUGCAAAAGGUGGAUAACUGAAGUUAAGACUGGAAAAAAAAGAGAAGCUUAAAGAACCAAAACUGACAGAUCCUUCCAUCCCUCCUUAAAGCCUCAACAUCAGAAAUAGAAGGAAUGAUGAAUGCAGGCAGAAUCAGAUGUGGAAGAAGGGACUCGCCAAUGAGCAGCUGAACAGGCAUAGCAGACACUGCACUGGCACAAAGUUGUGCCACACUAGGACAAAAGGAUUAAUGUCUCCUGGUCAGUUGACUGUCAUAGUCCAAAGAUAAAGUAGCAGGAAAACUUGGGAAAUUGCAAUGAAAAGUCUUGCAGUUUUUCUGAUUAGAAUUAACAGGACACCAGGGGCAAUAUUUUUUUAUAAUCAUAGACAUUUAAUAGUUGUGCUCUUAGGUAUUCUUAUAGCAGUGAGGCCUAUAAAAAGCAAAAGGAAGUUUUGCUUGACUGAAACUAUGGGUUGCUUUGUUGCUCUUGACUGAACUCCAUUGCCCUUCAUGGUACAUAUAUUUUUGUUCCAAUCGAUCCUCUUCAGAGUUGUACCUGAUGUAUUAUAAAUCUGACUUUGCACAAUAAAAUAAAAAAAGGUUCAACCUAA